UAGCGAUUCGAUAUAGGUCCGCUCGUGGCCACCUCCCUUUGCGAUACGAGACGCCUCGACGACUGCGCUUAGCAUCAUCAGCUGUACCACUGCGUGGCCGUUAGAGUUCAACGCAAGCAUCGCAUUCCACGUGGCCACCAGCCAAGGCACUACAGCAAUCGUGCGAUUCUUUUUUAUAAGCCACCCUGCGUCCUCCUGUCUGCACACGCCUCCCACCGUACUCAACUGCCGGACAGUGGCGAACGAAUGACAAAGUCUCAGUCAUAAAAGACGCCCAGCAGUCCUCCGACAAAGCCUUACGAAGCCUCUGAUCCAGCUGCAUCCGUGACGCAGGAGUCAAUCGGCCACACCGCGAGCAAGGUCCACAUAAACGAUGCCCACUGCAACACGAGAAAUACACUAUGUCAAUACGAAACUUCCCAAAAUUCGCACCGCUUAUCAGAUGUCAGUAGAGAUGCCUUCAUCACCUCUGAUAUCUGCCAACGGCCACGGUUCGAUGCUGCUUGGACCGUCGAGGGAGCUGCCCAUGCCAGUCGUUUCCCACAUCACGAGUAUAGCGCAAGCUCAAGCGACAUUACAACAUUGCGCAACCCGAUUGAACAAGUCAUGGCAAGGUAAUCCUGCCAGAGCAUCACCACCCGGCUCUCCCAUCGAUGGCCAGGAAAAGCGACACUUCCAGCGAUGGCUCGAACAAUGGGAACAAGCGUUUACCGCGUACUUAUCACUCCACAUGUCCGGCAUGAAGCCUGAUGAGGUCACUCGAUCACGGAUUCUCAAGGCCAACCAUCUCUCGUGCACCAUCCUGGCCUCACAAGCUGGCCCUAGCAUGAGAACUGACGACGUUUUCGCCAACGAAUGUCAGGCCAUCGUGGAGCUUGCGAACGCGGUGACUGUGGCGCGACAAAAGGCAGGUUCGCAAAGUCCCGUUUCUUCGAGCCCAGGCGCGAGCACACUGGACAUCCGCGAACCGCUCUACGUUGUCGUUGCAUGCUGCAAUCGAACUGGAGUACGCAACAAGGCUAUCGAGCUCAUUAGCAGGAGCAACCCGCGAUGAGCAUUCGCAACGGAUUAAUGCUUUCCCAGCACAGCCCCCAAGGAGUGGAGCAACUAGCUCCCAACUGGAAGUCAUCUUCCCGAUCAGGGAGGUGUUCAUCGUCACGACGGCUCGACGGAAAGCUGGGACAAGAGAACGUGCAGGUUUGCUAGCUCGGACCCUGGCCCCCAGGCUUCCGGCAAGCUCGAUCCUUCCGCGCAUUCGCACUUUUUCAGUCGAAAGUUUGUCGCGUGCAAAGACUUCACCGGCAGAGCGACGGUACCUCUACCACGCUCGUUCAGCGCCGUACGACAACCUCCGUACAUUAUCGUUUCGACCACGAACGGUGGCGCGCGCAUGCAGGACGGAAUUUUUCAGCUUCGCAUCGACUGCAACAUUGCGGCGCGAGCGCGCCACAUGGCCGGCGGCCGACCAGUAAGAGAAGUCGAAGCAGACAGCGCCAUUCGGAACCGAAGCAAGACACGGCCCGCAGCCACGCAUGCAAACACACAUGGCACGCACGCUGCGCCGCGCGAAAGAAGCGAGGGUGGCUUGCAUCUUACGCAGUGCUUUUGGGGUCGAGGAUCCGAGGCACAGCACUCGCUCGGAGUUAUGAUCGUUGGCAGGAUCCGUCCGGAAGGAGAAAACGAUACCGCAAAGUCAAUGGAGCCGAGCAUUCCAGCGAUGACCACUCCAGUCCCAC